CCUCUCAUUGGUGCGCGGCGUUUCUUGCGCUCAUGACAUCAUCCAGGAAGAGCCUUGUCACUUCUGCGAAGUUUGUCAGCUAAUGGAGUCGAUAACAAGUAGUUGUGGGCUUAAAAUCGUUUAAUGUCUAAACCACUGAUGUACAUAAGCUCGGCGAGAUGGAUGAUAUCAAUUUACACUACAGAUUCCUAAACUGGCGGCGCAGGAUCAGAGAAAUUAGGGAAGUUCGUGCUGUUCGUUAUCAAGAGCGAUACAAACGAAUGCUGAAGAACGGAGACACGCUAAGUUACCAAGGGAACUCUGAUGAAGUUGGCUGCUAUGUGGCUCCACGCCCCUUAUCAAAAGGAAACUGUUACUUUGAGGUGACCAUUAUGGAUACUGGAGUGAGGGGAACAAUCGCCGUCGGUCUGGUUCCUCAGUAUUACAAACUUGACCAACAGCCUGGCUGGCUUCCACACUCAAUUGCUUAUCAUGCUGAUGAUGGGAAACUGUACAAUGGCAACCCGGUCGGUCAGCAGUUUGGACCCAAGUGUAACCGCGGCGACCGAAUCGGUUGUGGGAUCUAUGGAGACACUUUUGAUGCAGGCCUUGUCACUGUGUUUUUUACCAAGAAUGGAAAGGCAGUGGGGUCAGUGGUGGUCCCAGGGGCUCCAGAUGGGCUGUUUCCCGCUAUUGGCAUGCAUUCUUUGGGUGAGGAGGUUCGGCUCGACCUGCAGGCAGAGUGGGGUUCAGAGGAGGAAGACAGCGUCAUGAUGGUGGACAGCCAUGAAGAUGAAUGGGCUCGCCUUUAUGAUGUCAGAGUCAGUGGCACGCUUCUGGAGUAUGUUGGAAAAGGAAAGAGCAUCAUGGAUGUGGGUCUGGCUCAGGCUCGGCAGCCCCUCACAACACGGAGUCACUACUUUGAAGUGGAGAUCGUGGAUCCUGGAGAGAAGUGUUACAUCGCCCUUGGCCUGGCAAGAAGAGAUUAUCCAAAGAACCGGCAUCCGGGCUGGAGUCGAGGUUCUGUUGCCUAUCAUGCAGAUGAUGGGAAGAUCUUUCAUGGCAGUGGAGUUGGAGACCAGUUUGGGCCACGCUGUUUCGAAGGCGACAUCAUGGGCUGUGGAAUAAUGUUUCCCAGGGACUACAUGCUGGAGUUUGAAGAUGAAAUCGAUGAUUGGGAUGCUGCAGACGUACGACCGAAGCAGGGUCGCGUCGAAAAUUUAUUGUAUUUGAACGACGAAGAUGAAGAAGAGGGAGAUGACCCAGAACAAGAACACGAUGGCCGGAAAGUUAUGGUAUUUUUUACCCGAAACGGCAAGAUCAUCGGGAGGAGGGAGGUGGUGGUUCCGGCCGGAGGAUUUUACCCCACCAUCGGUAUGCUCAGCAGUGGAGAGAAGGUGAAAGUGGACCUCCAUCCUCUCAGCGGAUAACCUACAAGAAACCACUUCAUAUCUAAUUCACGCCGUCAGCCAAUCACCUUCAACCGGACUAACCUACAAAGCUGAAGUUUAAGGACAGAAGUGCAAGGUUUAUUUUUGUAUGAAAGUCCACAUAUUUUGCCUUUGAGGAAGCACUUAAAAUAUUAACGUGCAUGACUUAAACCUCUUUACUGUUCGCUUUCUUAACGGUUUACUGUGAAACCAUAAGGCUGUUAUGGUAUAGACUAGUGCUGCCUCACGAUUAGUCGCGACUAAUCGUUUGCAGAAUAAAAGUUUUUGUUUACAUAAUAUAUGUUGGUGUACUAUGUAUAAUAAUUAUGUAUAAAUAAAU